AUGACGAAAACCACAUAUCUCGAGGAGGAUAACAUCCACGACCUCGAUUUUUCUAACCCUGCCUCUGUAACUCUUGCGUCUUCGUUAUCAGAUCAUGAAAAAUACCACCAUCCUCUCUCGCAUGCGCCUUCUAUUACAUCUUUAACCUCCAACUCAAUCAAUAGUGACCCUUUAUCUCCACUCGAACAUGCCCUCACUCCAAAUCUUGAGACACCUGCAGAACAACUUGCACAUGUCCAAUUGAGUUAUACAAAAACCGGUACAUCAUACGUUAGUACUGGCUCACGGAACCCAUCAUUCGAAGUUGAUUUCGAAGAAAACGAUCCUGAUGAUCCGAGAAAUUGGCCGUUGUGGUAUCGUUCUUAUACAAUCUUUGCUGUGAGUUUUGCGACAUGGUCUACGGUUCUGUACAGUUCAUCAUAUACCUCGAGUAUGCCGGGCAUGAUGAAGGAAUUCUCCGUCACAAGCGAGCCCAUUGCAACAUUGGGUGUCACGACAUAUCUGCUUGGACUGGCGACUGGAAGUUUGGUUCUUGCGCCAUUAAGUGAGAUUUGGGGUAGGAGACCAGUUUAUAUUGGAGCUUUAGCUUUCUUCACCUUAAUGGUACUACCGUGUGGUUUGGCCACUUCGCUUGGCGAGGUCCUAGGUGUAAGGUUCAUUGGUGCGCUUGCAGGUGCUGCCAUGAUAUCAAACUCGCCUGGAACAGUUGCAGAUAUUACAACUGAAGAGUAUCGUGCAUUGGCUUUUAGUAUUUGGAGUAUUGGGCCGAUGAAUGGUCCAGUAACAGGCCCGCUUAUUGGCGGUUUCGCUGCCGAAUACUUGGGAUGGAGAUGGACAAAUUGGAUUGUGAUGAUACUUGCUGGGUGCGCUUGGAUAGCUUGCGGAUUCGUCAAGGAGACGUACGCACCAGUAAUCUUAAUCAAGAAAGCGGCAAAAAUGCGCAAAGAAACGGGUGAUGAGCGAUAUUGGUGCCGAUACGAUCAAAAGAAGAGCUUCUAUGAAAUUUUGAAAAUAAACCUCUCUAGGCCAUUUGUACUAUGUUUCACAGAACCAAUUCUCUGGUUCUGGAAUACAUAUAUUGCUAUCAUUUAUGGUAUUCUUUAUCUCUGUUUCGUUGCAUAUCCAAUUAUCUAUACGAAAAUGCGUGGAUGGACCUUAGGCCAGACCGGUCUCGCUUUUCUAGGAAUUGGCUUGGGAACUAUGCUCGGCAUUGUAGCGGAACCACUGAUUCGUAUGAUGAUCAAUUCGCACAAGAAAGACCCCGAAACAGGAAAGGUCCCACCCGAAGCUUCGGUGAGCAUUAUUUGUAUCGCGGCGGUUUUGUGUCCCAUUGGACAACUUUGGUUUAGUUGGACUUGUGUUCCCAUCACCAUUCAUUGGAUAUGGCCGAUUCUUGCCGGUAUUCCUUUUGGAGCUGGAAAUACCUUGGUCUUUAUCUACGCAUCGAACUACCUCGCUGGCUCAUAUGGUAUCUACUCGGCAUCGGCACUGGCCGGAAAUAGUGUGGUCAGAUCAAUUGUUGGAGGAACAUUACCAUUGGCCGGACCAGCGAUGUACACGACGCUUACACCACAAUGGGCUGGAACUCUGUUGGGGUUAGUACAAGUCUUCCUCAUUCCCAUUCCCUUCAUUUUCUAUAAAUGGGGAUCGAGAAUUCGAGCCAAGAGUCCAUUGAUCCAACAGAUGAGAGAGGAGCAGGAGAGAAAUGACGCGAGAGCUGCGGGAGCAAGAAGAAAGAAGGAGAAGAAAGCUGCGUUAGAUGCGGCAAAGGGAGGGGUAAUGAAUGAUACUAGGGAUAGGGAUAUGGAUAUGGAAAAGGGAAACGAUGUUACGACGGGGGCAGAAGAAAAGUGA